AGUGGCACGAUGCUCCGGGCUACCACGAGGGCGACGAUUUUUCCGUAACCUGAAGCAACAUCCUCCUACUACUUCAUUAAAAAAAAGGCGGGAACUAUCCCAGAGGCCAGGGAGUGAUGGGACGCUCGGACCUGCACGUCCCGCCCACCUCGGUCUCUGAUUGGUGGAUAAAUCUUGGCUCGUGGCGGAGGGGCCCACCUCAUUGGCUCACGGUCUCCAGGGAAGCGAGUCUGCGGCGCCGGCCCCUCCCCUCCCCGCUGCCGACGUGGGGCCGGCGGCCGCGGGCAGUCGGGAACUGGGUGUCUGGACCGAGCGGGAGGCGGGCAUGGGGGGGCUGCGGCUGCUGGCUGUGGCCCUCACGUGCUGCUGGUGGCCGCAGGGCAGCCAGGGCAAGACCCUGAGGGGCAGCUUCAGCAGCGCUGCAGCCCGAGACGCUCAGGGCCAGAACAUCGGCCACUUCGAGUUCCACGGUGAUCAUGCUCUUCUAUGUGUCAGAAUCAACAACAUAGCAGUAGCUGUUGGAAAAGAAGCUAAACUCUACCUGUUCCAAGCCCAGGAAUGGUUAAAGCUGCAGGAAAGCAGUCAUGGUUAUAGCUGUAGUGAAAAAUUAUCCAAAGCUCAGUUGACAAUGACCAUGAACCAGACUGAACAUAAUCUGACAGUGUCCCAGAUUCCAUCUCCACAAACUUGGCAUGUGUUUUAUGCAGACAAGUACACAUGCAAAGAUGACAAGGGGAAUUCUCAUGUGGAAGAUAUCCCAUUUGAAAUGGUGUUACUAAACCCAGAUGCCGAUGGGAAUCCAUUUGAUCAUUUUAGCGCUGGAGAAUCUGGGUUACAUGAGUUCUUUUUCCUCCUAGUCCUAGUGUACUUUGUGAUUGCUUGCAUUUAUGCUCAAUCAUUGUGGCAGGCUAUUAAGAAAGGAGGACCCAUGCACAUGAUUUUAAAGGUUCUGACAACUGCAUUGCUGUUGCAAGCUGGUUCAGCUUUAGCUAAUUACAUUCAUUUCUCCAGUUAUUCCAAAGAUGGAAUAGGGGUACCAUUUAUGGGAAGUUUGGCAGAAUUUUUUGACAUCGCUUCCCAAAUUCAAAUGUUAUACCUACUUUUGAGUCUGUGCAUGGGUUGGACACUAGUCAGAAUGAAGAAGUCUCAAAGCAGACCUCUCCAGUGGGAUUCUACGCCUGCAUCCACUGGCAUUGCGGUAUUUAUUGUUGUGACACAGAGUAUUUUGCUACUUUGGGAACAGUUUGAAGACACCAGUCAUCAUAGCUACCAUUCACACCACAACUUAGCAGGAAUCCUUCUAAUCAUUCUGAGAAUUUGCCUAGCGUUAUCACUAGGUUGUGGACUCUAUCAGAUCAUCACAGUGGAGAGAAGCACACUCAGAAGAGAGUUCUAUGUAACAUUUGCCAAAGGCUGUAUCUUGUGGUUUUUAUGCCAUCCAGGUCUUGCGUGCAUUUCUAUCAUUUUUAGUGACUACCAAAGAGAAAAGGUUGUUACAAUAGGUGUUAUCCUUUGCCAGUCUGUUUCCAUGGUUAUUCUCUACAGACUCUUCCUAUCCCACAGUCUAUACUGGGAAGUUUCUUCACUUUCUUCUGUAACACUACCACUUACCAUAUCAUCUGGACACAAAAGUCGCCCUCAUUUCUGACGCUUGAUUUUUGUUGAAAGGAAAAGUGAAUUGGUCAAAAGAGUGCAAUAAGGAUUCAAAUAGAGUGACUUCGUUUUCAUACAUUUGGUAUGAAAAAUUGGGCAGUGAAAGCAGAGCAUGUUAUUUAUAUAACUGCAUUUAAGCAGUACCAAACUGAAAAAAGGUAGUAAAUGAACUGUUUUGAAAUAGACCUAAACAAUAAACUUUCAAGAAAGAGUGUUGUUAUAAGAUGAUUGAAGCAAUUUCUAUAUGGAAAUAAACGUGGAAAAGAAUUAUUAUUAAAUAUUCACCACUUACAAGGCCUCAUAUCAAUAGCUAACUCAGGUUUGAUAGUGUUAUAAAAAGUAAUCAGUUAAAUGAUUACUUGCUUAUACAUAUCUAAACUAGUCCAGUUAUGAAAUCAGUGUAAUACACUGCUUUUAAGUACUGCUUCUUUUUUAUGCUUUAAGGAAAAUGCAUUUCAUAUUUGAGUUUAAAGAAAUUGAAAAGGAAAUCACUUCAGGAAAUGAAAAUAGCAUAUGUUCAUAGCUAAAUGAAUAAGCUUUUGUUUAUUUGUGGGUGGGGUUAUUCUCUGAUUUUUUUCCUAUCAUUUUGGCUCUAGUUCAGGUUUUAGCUUGAUGAGCAAAGGUUUUUGACAAAUAGGUUGUGAAAAAAACUUAGAUACAUUACAUGGCUGGUAAGGACAAAGGAUUUUAAAAUCUGAGCACUUAGGUGAAGGGACAAGCAGGUUUAUGUGUUUAAAAAGAAAGAAGAGAGAGGUACUAUGUGAUACGGUACUAAAAUUUUAAUCCUGAUAUAAUUCAUUUCUCUUACAUUGAAUCCCCAAUCAUAAUUAAGCCAUAUACACAGAUUAAAUUAACAGAAGCAUUUCACAUAAAUGUUGGUUUCAGUCAUCAACUACCCAUGAAUUCCUGCCCAAGGAUACUUAAUCAGGAUUAAAUUUUCUAUGAAUAAUUGAAAAACAAAAUACUCACUGGAUUUGUUAUAAUCCGUGUUGGCACUGGAUUCUAAGUAGUUGCCAUCUUGAAUCCUUUGUAAUAAAGCCAUAUUUGUGUGUGUGUGUGCAUGAGGCCCCAGUAUUGAGUAUGCUAGCUAAGAAAUAUCAAGUGCCUGAUUAAAGAAUUGCUAAAUGGCUGUCAAUAACUGCUGUAUAAAGUGAAUAUUCCCACUAAUAAUCAUUGAUUGGAAAGUAUUCUAUUGCUCUUUUCUAAGUUGUUCAGGCCUUUUUAUUUUUACCUCUGGUUUAUUUUUAAAAUAUUUUUUAUCUACACAUUACUUUUUCAAGCAAGAAACAAUGCACUGAUCUGGUAAUUAAACUUUAAUUAAACAGUUGAAAUAAUGUAGCACAAUUUAAGCAUAUCUAUGACUUUGACUUUGUUUUUCCCUUGCUCUUAGUCUCACUGGCAAUGAAUAGUAUUCUGCUUCAUUUUCAAGGCAAAAUAUAUAUGUGUUUGUGACUUGCAAAAAACGGCAAAAUAACAAAGUUCAGCUGGCUCAUUAAAUAAUCUUCUAAUAGUUUCUUGUAAAUCAUUUAAGAAAUUAGAGCUACAGGUUAAGAAAGUCUGAGGUAUGUUUUAGGUUUACCUGAUCUGAAUGGUCAUAAGCUUUUUCUUUUAUCAUGUCCAAUAAGUCUAACAGUUAUUGUCUGUUAUGUUCACCUGAGGCAUAGUUAAGCUAAAAAAAAAAAAAAAAAAAAAAAAAGGUGAAACCUUUUCAUGAAUUUUGUGAACUUGCAACAAUGGGAAGUAAAUUCUUUGUUAUUUUAUUCAAAGAACAUAAUAUAUGAAAUCUAUUACUUGCAUUUAUGAAACUUUAAUAGAUUUUUUGAGCUUUAAUUACUUUUUAAUGUAUGGUUGAAACUGCUGAUAAUUUAUUUUGUUAUUCAAGAGCCAUUGUUAAAUGAAGGAAAACAGUUGUUAAUAAAUGUAUACAGCUGUUCUUGAUUAAUAAUCAAGGACAAAAUUUGUAGUGCGUAAGUUAUGACAGUUUCCCCUCUUUCUCUUUCUGAAUGUUUACAUGGAGAUUCAUCACUACAGAUUUCAGGAAGAUAAGUGUAUACUGAAAACUCUAAUUAAAGAUAUAAAAAACUUUUCUACUUUUCUGCCUUUGCCAGAUAA